AUGCCCACCAUGAAUCCAGCCAUGAAUCCUGGAUCCAUCAUCGAAGCCAUCUGCAGUGAUAUCGAGCCCAUCACCGACAUCUACUGGCCAGCCUUCAAGAAGGCAGUCGAGAAUGAUCCUCAACAACUCCGUCCCAUCAAUUUGACCUGCACCAUCUGUACAGAGCAGAUGCCAACCCAAGGAGGCCCACGUGGUUCUAUACAUUGGAUCCCGAAACCCGGCCGCCACAUCUCCCAUGAUGCCCAGAUCCUUCCUUGUGGCCAUAUGGUCGGUGCCAACUGUUUCAUGAACUGGCUGAGCAGCAUCUCUGAACGAUUUCGAGGUAGAAAGUUUUACUCGUGUCCUGUCUGCAACACUGCGAUCAAGUAUCAUCCUGAGUGUGGCCAUGUAUGCCACGGUCAACGAAUCCCGGGCUUAAUCGCCAACUACUCCCGCAUCCCCCUUGUUCUGGGUGAGGGUGGUUUCAUCCACGCACGCUGUGCGGGAUGUGAAGUCAAGCACACCUUUACGGAGUUGACUAAAUAUGCCAGCAUCUACAAAUGGGAAGACCAAGUCGAGCACAAUCACCAGUACAUCACACUUGGCUUUCUCGACCAACGUCCCGGAGGCUUCCUGUAUAUGGAUAGUUCUCAUGACCACAAACGACCAAUCUGUGAGCGCGUACGAAAACUCGAGACUCCAGACGAGUUGAAGGCUAUCUGGGAAGCCUACAAGAACAUCUGGGCACUGAAGUUCAAGACUUUUUGGAUUUCACAUGAUUUUGCGGGGGUAAGUCUUUGCCUUUACUUGAUGAAGGCCUCUAAGCCACUUCCUAAGACACCUAAGACACAGGGCAUCUUUCGUCGGGUCUUCUCUCGAGGAUCGUCUACCUGA